CGGAAGUAAAGCGGAAACACGUGGGAUGAUCCAUGAACGCGGUCAGGUCGCUUUGCUGAGGGACGGCUCUUCCUGCUUUCCUGGAAGUUUAAUGGAAGCAAAAACCUUGGAUUAAAUCAUCUCUACUUCUAUAAGAAGAAGAAAAAAAGCAAUUAAGAAGCAAAAAUUGAAGGGAUGCCGUGAUGGCGGUGGUCAACUUGUCUUUUGCUGCUUGUGGUUUUCUGGGUAUCUAUCAUCUUGGCGCAGUCGAAGCUUUCCUCACACAUGGGCAGAGGCUGCUGUCGUGUUUAAGAGCCUGCGCUGGGGCGUCAGCUGGGGCUCUGGUGGCCGCCGUUCUCAUCACGGCUCCCGACAAGCUCGAGCAUUGCAAAGAAUUCACCUACAAAUUCGCCCUGAAUGUCAGGAAACAGAAGCUCGGUGCGAUCACGCCUGGAUAUGACUUCAUGCUUGAGCUUAGAGGCGGCAUCGACCGCAUCCUGCCUCCCGACGCUCACCUGUUGGCCAGCGAGCACCUCCAUGUCUCCCUGACCAACUGCAGGACGGGGAAGAACAGCAUGGUGUCCAGCUUCCCCUCCAGAGAACACCUCAUUAAGGUUCUUCUGGCCAGCAGCUUUGUUCCUCUGUAUGCAGGAGUAAAGCCAGUGGAGUUCCAGGGCCAGAAAUGGAUGGAUGGGGGUUUCACAGACAGUCUUCCUAUUCUUCCUGUUGGUCGGACCAUCACCGUGUCUCCGUUCAGCGGGCUGCAGGACGUGUGCCCGCCUCACCUGGGUCACAGGAAGCUGAGCGUUAGACUGGCUAACAUGACCAUUACACUUUCCACAGAGAACAUCAAACGGCUGAACCAGGCCUUGUUCCCGCCGUCCAUGCUCCGAAUGCAAGACUUACAUCAGGAAGGCUAUGAGGACACAAUGCGCUUUCUCAGAACGGAGGGCUGGACGCAGGCAUAAAAAUAAUAAUAAUAAUAAUAAUAAUAAUAAUAAUAAAUGUUUUUUUUCAAGUGUUUUGCUCUUGUUAAAUGUCUGUAUGAGAAACCGUUUUAGGCAUGUUUAUGUAUGAGGUCAUUUUUUUAUAGUAAUGUCAAUUUUAAAGUUAUGUAUUGUAUUAUUUAAGUGCAUUCUCACAAUGUGUUGCUGCUGAAAUGUCUGGAUUGACAAAUAAAAGUUUUUUUUACAUA